AAGCAGCUCUCGGUUCGUGUUGUCACCAGCUGUGGCAAACUGCUUCUGGUCGGUGCGCCUUGUCGACGCUCAGUCCUUGUCUCUGGUUGUUUUUCUAGGCUGUAUUGUAUUCACUUGGUCUAUGACAGCGGUGCUCUCCGCUACAGAUGCGCUUCGGAGUCCUUUAAUGGCUUCAGUUGACGACAACCAGAUCAACUAUUCUUCCACAGAUUGGAAGACGAAAUACUAUGAAGUUGCCGACAUGCUUGCUGAAACCCGGGCUGAGCUCGACGAAUUUCACACCUCCAGCAAGGAGCUGGAAGAGGAGCUCAUCAAGGAAAUUGAACGGACAGAGAAGGCACAGCAAGAUCUCAAGGUCAAGAUUUCUCGUGUAGAGUCAGACAGAGAUGAAUGGAAGUCCAAGUUCAUGUCACUGCAGACAACCCACAACACAACCACGACUUCCUUGCAGCGCGAGUUGGAUACACUGAGACAGGAGUGUCAAAAGUUGAAGGUACAACUACGCGAACUCGAAAUGGGAAACGACGAUUUAGAGCGUAACGAACGAGCAGUCAGCUCUAGCUUGGCUGAUAUUGAAGCGAAAUAUUCUCGUGCUCUUGAAGAGAAGAUCCUCCUAGAGCACGAAUUGCUUGACAAAGCCCAUCUGGAAGAGGAGUGUCAGCGGUUGAAAGACGAAUUAAGAGACGCUGGGGUUGAAAUAUCUAUACUGCAAGACCAGCUCGCAGCACUCCAGUCUAAAGUUUCAGCUCCUGCUACAGAAUCUCCCGCAUCUGCCGCGCCCUCAACGUCACCCCAAAUUACACCAUCUUCUACAGAAGAGAAUUUACUCCACACUCCACCCCCACCUGAUCUUCAAUUAGCAGAAUUGUCUGCUCCCGGCAAAUCAUUAUCAACGCGCUCUCAUCCAUCAUCUGUGUCUUCUGGUUCAACCUCGGGGCACCCCAUUGCAUUGCCGCGAGCCCUUUUUCAGACGAACAGAAUCAAUACUGCCCAUUCUACUCCGCCCCCCAUCACCCGCUCAAGCACAUUGCCUGCUGUUCCCGCUCCGCGAAAUCCUUUUCGGCCACCGAUUCCUCGCCCGAAUUUUCCUUCCCCUUCGACACCCGUCGCUCAAGCAGCCAGUGCCAUCCCAAUGGUAGCAACGAAAAGUCGAGGAGUCCAGAUGGUUUCCGAAAUGCGAGCCAGGGUCAAGAACUUGGAGCAAAAGAUCCACACUCGAGUUCCUCGCCUUCGUAUGGGCAGCAGUGCUGGCAGACAAGGCGCAAAUGCCUUAGCUUUGCCUACGGUAAUGACGGCUUCUCCAGCUUCAGCUUCCUCUGGGCCCAAGACAGCCGCUUUCCGCACAGCUGCACUUGACUCCAAGCUCAACAAACCGACCCCUAAACGAUACAGUGCAGAUAUUGACACCAAGAAGAGUGAAGCUACGACACCUGAUCCGAACGCGUCCGGAUGGGUAUUGAUUAUGGACGAUACCCCUUCUCCAAUUAAGAAUUUGGAGAAAGAGCGCCGGCGAGUGUCCAGCCCUUCAGGGCCAAGUGCAUACCGUACUGGUCUUCCCAAGGCGUCUUCGCCCACAUUUUCAAAGCCCAACCCUCUGGCUCAGAGCACGGCUCGGCGACCACAAUCGCGCCUGUCUGGAGCGAGCAUGAGUACCAUUGCCACGGUCAGCUCGAUCCCGACGCCGUCCUCUCGGCCUACCACACCCACCUUCUUGCCUCUCCCCAUUUCAAGUUUGUAUUCGAACAGUCAUACACCUGGUAACACCUUGUUGAAACGGUCUGCUGGACCUGGAAUUGUUUCGUACGCGCUGCCAAAACGUUCGUCAUUGGGUUCUGGUACUCCCAGUUCUCCAACUCCAUCGUCAGACAGCGAGGCCAUGGGCCGGGAGCAACCUGCUCCCUACAACGCUAAGACUGACCAUCAUGUCGAGACGGAACUGACCUCCCGCGGAUCCUCCCGCAUACCCUCUUCUGUGAAUUCCUCUGUCCUGAGCCAGAGUAGGAUUGGACGACCUGCUGGAGUGGUAAAUGGACGAAAGAAUUUUGGGCUGCAACCUCCCGGUGAGGACAGCGGGGCAUACUUGGCUACGAACGGGAACAAGAAGAGCCGAGGAAGGUCGGGUAGCAGUACAUUUGGUUUGGGGCGCUAACAGUCCGCGCAAGCCGAACGAGUGACUUACAUACUUGACGUUCUCCAGAGCCCAGACUAUGGGCAGUGGUUGGAUAGCCUGGAGGGCUAAAUUCUACGUUUUUAUGACGACACCCGGGAUAAUGACAGAAUGCGCUAUGUACCACCCCACUGGUGCCCUGCUACCCGCUUUCGUUAUACAUAUACAACUUUCGUCUGCAGUAAGAUAUUACAGAUAGUGCCUUUUUUUUACUGAAUUUCCGUUCUUUUAUUGUUUCGUUUUCUUUUCUUUUACAGCUGGGCACCUGCAGAGGUCGUUGAUACCUAUGGUAUGUUCUAUGGUACAGUGAGCGGGAUGGGAU